UGUAUGGAAUGAACUUUAAAUUAAAUAUUUUUUAAUUUCCCUAGAAAGAAGAGAUAAGAAGAGGUAUCGAGUGGAGGCCAUAACACCGCCGGCCCUCGAUAUCAAUAAUUAUCAGCUGGUGAAAAAGCUGGGUGAAGGCUCUUUUGGCAAGGUGAUGCUGGCUUCUUAUGCCAUCAAGAAGCAACACGUUGCCUUGAAGAUUAUAGAGAAGGAAAAGGAGAUGAGCCACAAAGAAAUCAAGACGGAGGCUGCGAUACUGCGGUUAGGAAGGCUGUGUCCGUUUCUUAUACGGGCAUAUGCAACCUUCCAAACUGAGUCACUCGUAUUAUAUGUGAUGGAGUAUGCCAGAGGCGGAACGCUGCACCAGCUUAUCAAGCAAAAGGGAUACUUCAGAAGCCAUGAAGUGCGGUUUUAUUCAGCAGAAAUAGUAGUUGGAUUACAGUUCCUGCAAGAGUAUGGGGUUGUUCAUCGGGACCUUGAACCAGAAAACAUCUUGCUGAAUAAAGAGGGCCACGUGAAGAUCGCCGAUUUUGGCCUAGCCUGUGUCCAUGAGUUCAAAGGCUCAAAGGCCUACAAUGGUAUUAGUGGAGCAUCAGGAUAUAUGGCCCCUGAGGUAUGAAACUUUGUUUACAGGGAUACUGGUAUGUCAUGGCACUGUGUUUUAUUAGAAUAUAAUUACUC